UUCGUCCAUAACCAAAUCAUCUGCAACAAGAAAGAAAGAAAACCUCUCUCCAAAAGUUCUCUCUCUUGAUUUCGUCUCCGAAAUCAUAUUCCUCGAAUCCUAUAAAAAAAAGUGAUUCAGAAACCCGUAAGCCAUGGAAGAAGAUCAAGAUAUUGUCGUUUCACUGAAAAACCAUGAUUUGGUAGAGCAAGUUCUGAAAGAACCUGAUUCAGAAUCUAUGAAGGAGUCAGAAUCUUCACAUGUGCCGCCGCCUAGUUUGGCCGAGGUUGAGGAAGUGAUGGGAUACAGUUUUGGAAACAAGGAGUUACUGAAGGAGGCUUUCACUCUUGGUUCUUACAAAGCCGAUGACUGCAAAUCUUACGAGCGACUCGAGUAUUUAGGCGAGGCAGUUUUGAAUCAUUUAAUUGCUAAGCUACAUUAUUUAUCGUAUGCUGAUAUGGCUCCUGGUGAGUUGACUCGGUUAUGUGCCGCCAAUGUUGACACGGAGGCGCUAGCGAGGGCGGCGUUGAAAUACAAUUUGCAUAAGUUUCUUCGCCACCGGAAACCUCUUCUUCAUCGACAGAUCCAAGAAUUCAUGGAAGGGAUCGAACAAUACCCAUCGCAUUCACAUGGUAUGAUUGAUCCACCCAAAGUGCUUGCUGAUCUUUUGGAGUCACUAAUCGGUGCCAUCUUCAUCGAUACAGACUCGUCAAUAGAUUCUACAUGGGAGCUGCAUCCUGUAGCAAAAUUCAAUGAAGCUUGUCAGAAGAUGGGGGUGAAAGCACAAGAGAAAGAUUUGUGGAGUAAAACAGGGGAAAUUGAAGUUUACAUAGAUAAUGAGUUGAUUGGAAGGGGAAAAUACAAGUUGAAGAAGGUGAUUGCAGUGAACAGAGCAAAAGAUGACGCAUACAAUAAUCUUUUUCUUUUUGAGAAGAAAUAUGGUGGAAAUGGAGGUUAA